GUCAUUGCGUCACGAACUGUUUAAGCAAUGUCUGUUUCAGAAAAAAACGUUCUCUGCCACAUUUAAUUUGAUACGUUCAUUUAACAAUACCCUGUACACAAUCAAAAACACUAAAGUAGCUUUAAUACCUUUAGAUAAUAAACGGUACAUUUUAGAAGAUGGCAUUACCUCAGUACCAUAUGGUUAUCAAGCAUUUUAAAAUAAACAAAGAUCACACUUAUUGUUAACAUGUACGAACUGAACGAAAAGAAGAAAUAUACAAGAAUGGACUCCAACUGCUAUUAUUACCAGGUGGUAAAGAGGGACACGGGAAGAGUUGUUUAUAGACACUCAGUUCUAUUUAAAAGCCGAAGACGGUGCCUGCGACAUGCACUUAGGCAUAACCUAGCUCAGUACAGAAAUGAACAUACAGCUGUACGCAUAAAGGUUGUUAUGUGUUCAGUGAACAUUGUUGGGGAACGGAAUACUUCUUGGAGAACCCCCUUUGAAAUGACCCUCAUUGCCUUUUACUUGCAUGUGCUGCAACCAGCAAUAAACCAAAUGACAAAAGACAGUUGUGAAGGAUGUGCAAUUGAUCAUCCAUCUCAAACGCAACACAGUUGUUUAAUGAUGACUCAGAAUGAAGCCAUUGAUUCCUAUUUUCAAAGAGCCCUGCAGUCGUUGCCACACGAGGCAAUAGUGCGAGAUGCAGAACGUUUUGUUCGCAUACACGGUGAACCGACUCAUGCGAUACACACACUACCUUACACCAGCGUUGAGUGGCUACAAGAGAACUUUCUUAGUGAAAAUCGUCGAAAUGUACUGGAGAUGAUGUUACGUGUGCAAAUGACUGAAUGA